CCCAAUUCCUACAAGAUGAAGGGCAAAGCUGCCUCAAGUCCCGUAGUUCUCUACUGGCACCGCACCGACCUACGACUGCACGAUUCGCCCGCCCUCCACGCAGCAUUGAACCUCAAACCAUCGAUCUUCAUCCCGGUCUGGACAUGGGAUCCGCACUACGUGUACCGGGCGCGCGUCGGGCCCAACCGGUGGAAUUUUCUCAUCCAAUGCCAGAACGAUUUGUCGAAGUCGUAUACGAAACUGAACCCGAAACAGAAAUUAUGGGUUGUGCGUGAGGCGCCCCAGACUGUGCUCCCGAAGUUGUGGAAGCAGUGGGAUGUAACGCAUUUAGUGUUCGAGAAGGAUACGGAUGCGUAUGCGCGGGAUCGCGAUGAGACGGUGAUGCGGUUGGCUAAGGAGGCUGGCGUCGAGGUUGUUGUGAGGAUGGGGAGGAAUCUGUUUGAUCCGGAUGAAGUCGUGAAGAAAAAUGGUGGGAAGCCGACGAUGAGCAUGAGUCAGAUUGAGAAGGCUGUUGAAGGGAUUAAUAAGGGGAGGCCGGCUGAGGUGGUCGAUACGCCGGAGAAAAUUCCGGAUGCGUGGGAUGAGAAGAAGAUGGAUUUGAGUGGUCUGGAGCAGGAUAGUGUUGAUCCCGAACCGGAUGUUAAUCAGGAGUAUCGAACCAAAAAGGAUGAGCAGUAUGUGAAGAUCAUGGGACCGAAAGAUGACUUUGGAGUACCAACUUUGCAUGAAAUCGGGAUCGAUCCGUCACAGGUCACAUCGCCCCAUAAAGGAGGCGAGGCGGAGGCACUAAAGAUUUUGGGCGACUACAUCAGGGACGAUGAGUACGUCGGGACAUUUGAGAAACCGAAAACAUCACCUGCCGCGUUCCAGCCACAAUCAACUACUCUGCUUUCGCCCCACCUGCAUUUCGGCAGUUUGUCUGUUCGCAAGUUCUGGUGGGAUGUCCAAUCCGUUCUGGAGGACCGAUCAAAGCGAAAGAAGGCGAAUGCGACGAUACCGACAAACUUACCAGGACAGCUGCUAUUUCGUGACAUGUACUUCGCAGCACAAGCAGCUAUUGGGCACGCCUUCUCGCGGACAUACGGGAACAAGAUUGUUAGAUUCAUUGACUGGCACCUUCAAUCAACCGACAUUGAGACAUCUGGGAAAGAACAGCCAGCGAAUAAGACCUACGCGGUAGAUUCCGAGGAAGCAGAGAUAUGGUUCCACAGAUGGAGAGAGGGCCGAACAGGCUUCCCGUGGAUUGACGCCUUGAUGCGCCAGCUCAAACAGGAGGGCUGGAUACAUCACCUAGGUAGACACAGUGUGGCCUGCUUUCUAACACGUGGAGGAUGCUACGUGAGUUGGGAAAGGGGCGCAGAAGUGUUUCAGGAAUGGUUGAUUGAUCAUGAGGAAGCCUGCAAUAUCGGCAACUGGAUGUGGCUUUCCUGCACCGCAUUCUUCGCACAGUUCUACCGAUGCUACUCGCCGGUCUCGUUUGGCAAGAAAUGGGAUCACGACGGGGAGCUGAUUCGUCAUUACGUGCCUGAGCUUUCAAAGUUCGAUAAGAAGUAUAUCUAUGAGCCAUGGAAGGCUCCUAUUGCUGACCAAAAGAAAUGGGGAUGCCGUGUUACAGGUGACGGGAGCGAGCCCGACAGUGAUGGGAUGAAGACAUAUCCCAAACCAAUGUUUGAUUUCGACGAGCAAAGACAGAUAUGCCUUGACAGUAUGAAAAAUGCAUAUAAUAUUGGACUGCACGGAGACGACACUCGUGUGAAGGACGGGUCGUGGAGAGAGGACUUCGAGGGGGGAGAUGAGAAGGAGGAUGGUACUGAGAAUGACAUACGGCAGGGCCGGGAAAAGAGACGGAAACUCUGAAAAAGUCGCGAUUGUACUUAGACUCCAAGUGCUAAUCCCCGUGACAAAAAUGUUUUCUUUGGCGUCCUGACGAGGAUAGAUGUUGAAGAAGCGAGGUUGUGGAUUGUCAAUAAUAGCAUGGUAGUAACCGGAUUGAUGGGCCAGACACUAAGCGCAACCUGGGAAUGGUUUACCAACGAGCUCACGCACUCGC